CAACAAAGACUUGCCAUAACGACUUCAGAAUGUGAUAUCCGGUUUUCUAAAAUUCACCUAUCAUGUGGUGAUAAAUAAAUCGGAAAUUAAGAAAAAUAACGAUAAUCAUCCUCUCUCCAAAGGCAGAUCUGACAGUUUGUUUAUUGAUUUUUCUUGUUGCCGGCUUCUAGAUCUCCGUCAUCUAUCACAAUGUUUAGAUCUGCUAUCUCUUUUGAGCGCCAAUCUUUAAGGAUAUGCUUUGGAAAUAUAAAAUAAUAUAAUGCAAGAUAUUUUAAUAAGGGUAGUAAAUUAUGAGGAAUGCAUGAUUUGUUAUUAAUUCAUGUACUUAUUUGGCGAAUGAAUUUACCCUCUCCAAAUAUAUAAUAAAGUUGAUCUAUUUCUUUCAUAAUCAAUAUCGAAUCUAAGCUAAAAUCAAGUAAGAAAAGUUGAAAGGUUCUUCUGUACUGUAUGAUAGUUCCCUUUUUUGCAACAGUACGCUUAAGAAAAGUGAUAAACACUGUAUAUGUAAUUUAGGCUACCAUAUUUUCAAAUUAUACCUUGGUCUUGUCCUGGUCUAAUUUCAGCCUUGAAAAGGCGAUGAGCUGAUAUUUUAGCAGUGAAUAGAGCAGAACUUAUUUUAAUAUUGCAAAAUGAAGCUGCAUUUUACUUCCUGUAUCAUUCUUAGUCUUGCUGCAUUAGCUGCUAUGCAGGAUGAAAUAGUUAGUACCAAAGAGAAAGUAAAUACAGAUUCAUCAUCUCAGAAGAAACAAGUUCUUUUGCCUCCAUGUCAAGCAUGUCGCAUGUUAACAAAUUCUUUUAAAAAGGGUAUGGAGCGUACUUCAAGAGGAAAAUUUGAAGGUGGUGAUGCUUUGUGGGAAGAGAGUCGAUUACGAGCUUAUGCUGAUAGUGAAAUCAGACUUGUAGAAAUACAAGAAAAGCUAUGUGCCGAUGAAGAAAAAGCAUCAAAUCAAUGUCAACGCCUAGCAGAGGAGCAUGAAUCUUUAUUGGAAGAAUGGUGGUUUAAGAGCAAAGAUUCCCAUCCUGAUAUUUUCUAUUUUCUGUGCAUUGAUAGACUGCAAGUUUGUUGUCCAGAAAAUCAUUAUGGACCAGAUUGUAAACCUUGUAUUGGUGGAUUGGUAAAUCCUUGCAAUGGUCACGGGCAAUGCAAGGGUGCCGGAACUAGAAAAGGUUCAGGUCAGUGCAGAUGCGAUUCAGGCUAUACUGGAGAUUUCUGUGAACAGUGCAAAGUUGGCUAUUAUAAUGAUACUUCAGGUGAUACUUCUUGGCAGUGUACCAGGUGUGAUAAAGCUUGUAAAGGGCAUUGUCGUGAAGGUGGGCCUAAAGGAUGUGAAGUAUGCGCUGAUGGCUAUCAGUAUUCUGUAGAGUUUGGCUGUGUUGAUUCAAAUGAAUGCAUAGAAAUGAAUCCACAUCCAUGCAAACAUGGUACAUUCUGUGUGAAUACUAUUGGUUCCUAUCGUUGUGUUGAAUGUGACAAAUCAUGUGAUGGAUGCAGAGGAGAUGGCCCUGAUAUGUGUGAAAAAUGUGCAAAGGGAUAUACAUUUCAAGAACCUUUAUGCAUUGAAACAAAAACCUGGCAACGUUCUUUGCAUGUUGAAGUGGCACGUUAUGCAACUUAUCUUGGGUUAUGUAUUGCUACUUUUAUCAUAUUCAGGCGUAGCUUCUUUUUAGCCAGUGUCAUCGGGAUAUUUGUAGCAGUAUAUAUAGGACUUUCCGAAUAUACAGUUGGCGAAUGGGACAAACGAUCACUUAUUAAAUCUGUUAAAUCUUUAACUGCUUUAUGAUUAAAUAUUUCUAGAAAGUUAAUUUUUUGUUACGAAUUUAUCUGUAAAAAAAUAAAUGCAUUUAUAACAUA